CGUGGGUUGUAUAGCGUUGCUGUGAAGCUUACGGAAACAUGGCGGGCUUGGAGCUGCUCUCUGAUCAGGGAUACCGCCUGGAUGGAAGAAAAUCCACCGAACUACGGAAAGUUCAGGCCCGUAUGGGAGUGUUUGCCCAGGCUGACGGGUCUGCUUAUUUAGAGCAAGGAAACACCAAGGCUCUGGCUGUGGUCUACGGUCCGCACGAGAUGCGGGGCUCCAGAAGUCGGGCUCUUCACGAUCGAGCUGUCAUCAAUUGCCAGUACAGCAUGGCCACGUUCAGCACAGCUGAGAGGAAGAGGAGACCACAUGGAGAUCGCAAAUCCACCGAGAUGAGUCUCCACCUGAAGCAGACGUUUGAAGCUGCUGUGAUGACCCAGCUCUUCCCACGCUCUCAGAUAGACAUCUAUGUGAAGAUUCUGCAGUCAGAUGGAGGGAACUACAGUGUAUGUGUGAAUGCUGCCACAUUGGCAGUCAUUGAUGCAGGCAUCCCCAUGAGAGACUAUGUCUGCGCCUGCACCGUAGGUUUUGUCGACGAGACUCCCCUUGCCGACCUUUGCUAUGCUGAGGAGAGCGGAGGAGUGAGUUCUCUGGCUUUGGCACUGCUGCCCCGAGGAGGACAGAUUGCUCUCGUUCAGAUGGAUGCUCGACUUCAUCAGGACCACCUGGGAACUCUGAUUGAAGCCGCAAUGACUGCUUGUAAAUGUGUGAGCAAGGUGUUGGAUGAGGUGGUGAGGCAGCACCUCCAAGAAACGUCGGUGCUCUCCAGAGAGUAACAUCUGCACUGGGAUUCUGAAAGAAACUGUUUGCUUUCAUUUAUUUCAUUAGAAGCGUUUCUUUAUACUUUUGUACAUAAAUAAGCUUAACAAUUAAGAAGUCAGUUGCUUGCUUUUUGUAUAUGAUCUCUGAAUAAAUCAUUUGUUUUAUGAGAUUGUUUAGAUGGACGGGAGCAAAAUGCAAAUUGGUAUGAGAAGCAGUUGAAAAUGCCGUAAAAAAUGUGUCUACAGCUAUCUUGUAGUCAUAUUUUUGUCAGUUUAUUAUUUGCUCUCCCUCAAGCCAACAAAGCCAUUUCUGUGCCAAUUUGCUGAGGCAGGAAUUGAUCUUUUAAGUAUUUUGUUUUUGCCUCUGUCCUUUUAAUCCAGAGGGGUUGUACUUUGUUGUUGAAGUUGCAGAAACACAAUAAAUGUAAUGCCUUGUUC